AUGGCCAUGAAAAGCCUGGUGUCUUUGCUGGUACUUGCCACUGCUGAGGCUAAUGCUAUACAACAGAGAGCGACAACUACCCAACCCAAUUGGUUCAAGACAUCACCUGAUAACUAUGCAGGUACGACAGCGACCGGUGCUGCUCCAUUCCUCGCUGCCAUCAACCCAGCACCCUUUGGACAGGCAACCUUCACCCCCAAUGCUCCUUUGGAAACAUCAGAGCCAAUAAGCGGAGCUGGCGGGAAGAAUGCCUUCGAAUUGAUGGGAGACUUGAGCCCUUACUUCUCCCCCAAAGAGGGCUUCGGCGUCAAUGAAUAUCCCCUGCCAAAGGGAGCAAAUAUCACCCAGAUGCAUUUGUUGCAGCGUCAUGGCGCCAGGUAUCCAUCAUCUUCCGAAGGGCUGGACUCAUGGGCCGCUGGUAUCUCCAAGGCAGCUGCCAGUGGUACUACCUUCAAAGGAGAGUUAGAUUUCCUUAACGACUGGUCAUACAAGUUGGGAAAAGAGAUUCUAGUUCCCAAGGGUCGCCAAGAGCUCUUCGAUAGCGGCAUUUUAAACUACUACAACUACGGACAUCUAUACAACAACUCAACUAAGAUUGUCGUGCGCACCACCCUCCAGUCACGCAUGCUUGAGAGUGCCGAAAACUUCCUUGCAGGCUUCUUUGGCCUCAACUGGACCAAAAAUGCUAACAUCUUGGCAACCAUCGACCCUGCCACCACUGGAGAAUACGCCUGCACCAAUGAAGCGACCAGCAUGCUCGCCAGCGUUGCCGAGCCAGUCGGCACCUGGCAAAAGAUCUAUCUGAAGGAGCGGACCGAGAAGCUGAAGCUUUUGACCGGAGACUACAACUGGACGGUGACAGACACUUAUCACGCACAGAGCCUCUGUCCCUACGAGACCAUCAGCCUCGGCUACAGCGAAUUCUGCCAGCUAUUCACCUACGAAGAGUGGGAAGGAUUCGCUUACCUGAUGGACCUCGAGUUUGCCGGUCUUUCCGGCUUUCUGAGCCCGACCGGCCGCGCUCAGGGCAUUGCCUGGGUUGAAGAAUUCCUGGCCCGAGUAGAAGGUCAUUAUGUCGACACCCCGGCCAAGCUUCACGGAGCCAACAUGACACUUGAUACCAACCCCAUCACAUUCCCAUUGAAUCAAAGUCUUUAUCUGGAGUUCACCCACGACGCAAACAUCAUUUCGGUUCUGACAGCCUUCGGGCUCUCUCAGUUUGACGAUGUCCUGCCUGACACGCAUCGCCCAAAAAGCCAGCAGUUCUCGACUAGCAAGCUUGUUCCUUUUGCUGGUCGCUUGAAUAUCGAGAUUAUUACUGCGCCCCAUAAAGUUUCGACUAAGCGGACGUCCAAGGCUGGAUCGAAGAGUAAUAAUUACAUCGCGGGGACUGGUGAGACAAAGUAUGUGCACUUCAUACAGAACCAGCGCACUAUUCCGCUUCAUGCUAGCUUCUCACUAUGUGAGUACCGCGAUGAUGGAUGGUGUGAGUUGUCGACUUUCUUGAAAGUACAGAAGCAUAGUCUGGCAGAUGCUCAGUAUCCGUAUGCCUGUUAUGGUAAUUGGACGGUGAAGAGUUGGGGCUCUGUGAAGAAUGGA